AGUAGGGACCGGUGAGGGCGUGACACUGGGGCAGCACAGUGAGGGAUCAGGUGGCGCCUGUGGCCUAUUUGCGGAGGGAACAGAAGUCCUGCAAGGGGCAAGAGCCAGUUACUGGAGGAGCCUGUGGCAGGUAUGGCCUGGAUCUGGCACCGACCAGGAGGAGGCCAGGCCAGAUCUGCAGGGCCACAUGUCCCAUGUAGGUCCCGAGUGGGAGGUGCUCCCUUCCCUGCACAUGGGGUCACUCACGCCCUGAGGGUGAUGAAGGAGACUCUCACCUUGGCAGGGCUGGGGUCCUCUGGGAGGGAGGGCUGUCAGAGCCAGGAAGGGCGGUUUAGACUGGAUCUAGCUAGGUACUGUGCUAAAUUGGGCCUCGGGGGAAGGUGUGGGGUGCUGGGCUUGGCAGGAAGAGGGAGUUUCAUGUUUCUGGUAGUUUCCGGAGUUCCCAUGGAUCUUCCCGGGAUCUGGGGCUAACUAAGGGGAGGGAAGCCGAAGGAACAGCUCGUGGGACCAGUUGACUCAACUCAAGCCCAGGCUGGGUCCUCCCACAGCCGGCUGCUGCUGGAACCCUGAGUGCCAGCGAGGUCUGAGGACAGGGCCGCAGCCGGGACAAGGUGUCAGAGAAGCACCUGAGUUUCGGGAGGAGGCCCUGGGACGUUGGAGAAUUGGUCAUGGCAGCUCUGCAAUAGGAGGAGUGGCCUGGGUGGUGACGCUGAGCUGAGGCAGUGGUUGCAGUGGCGCGGAAACAUCACCAGUGAAGGAUGCCCCGGGCCCUGGAGCAUGCAGACGGCAGUUGGGCCUGGGUGGUGCUGCUGGCCACCCUGGUGACACAGGGCCUCACCCUGGGCUUCCCCACGUGCAUCGGCAUCUUCUUCAUGGAACUGCAGCAUGACUUCCAGGCCAGCAACAGCGAGACUUCCUGGUUCCCCUCCAUUCUGCUGGCGGUGCUCCACACUGGGGGGCCCCUGUGCAGUGUCCUGGUGGAACACUUCGGCUGCCGAGUGACGGUGAUGCUGGGCGGCGUGCUGGCCAGCCUGGGCAUGGUGGCCGGAUCCUUCUCCCGUACCCUUGGCCAGCUCUACCUCACAGCAGGAUUCAUCACAGGCCUCGGCAUGUGCUUCAGCUUCCAGUCGAGCAUCUCCGUGCUGGGCUUCUACUUCGUCCGCCGGCGGGCGCUGGCCAACGCCCUGGCCUCGGCGGGUGUCUCCCUGGGCAUCACGCUCUGGCCCCUGCUCUCCCACUACCUCCUGGAGGACCUGGGCUGGAGGGGCACCUUCCUCAUCUUUGGUGGGGUCUUUCUCCACUGCUGCGUCUGUGGGGCCAUUAUGAGGCCCGUGGCCACCAACAUGGCCUCUGACACCAAAGAAGGUCCCCUUCUGCCCCCCAAGACACCUGCCCGUGGCUGCCUCGCGGCGUGUGGUCACACCAUUCAGCGCCACCUGGCCUUCGACGUCUUGCGGCACAACUCAGGCUACUGCGUGUACACGCUGGGGGUGAUGUGGAUGACCCUGGGCUUCCCGCUGCCGCACGUCUUCCUGGUGCCCUACGCCAUGCGGCACGGGGUGGACGAGAACCGGGCGGCCCUCCUCAUCUCCAUCAUCGGCCUGUGCAACAUCUUCCUGCGGCCCCUGGCCGGGCUGGUGGCUGGCCGGCCGGUCUUCGCCAGCCACCGCAAGUACCUGUUCAGCCUGGCGGUCCUGCUCAACGGACUCACCAACCUGGUGUGCGCGGCGUCGGCCAGCUUCCCGGUGCUGGUGGGCUACUGCCUGGUGUACAGCGUGUCUAUGAGCGUCAUUGGCGCCCUCAUCUUCCAGGUCCUCAUGGACAUUGUCCCCAUGGAGCGUUUUCCCAGCGCCCUGGGCCUCUUCUCUGUCCUGGACGGCACGUCUGUGCUCAUCUCCCCACCGUUGGCAGGGCUCCUCCUGGACACCACCAGAAACUUCAGCUAUGUCUUCUACAUGUCGAGCUUCUUCCUCAUUUCCGCUGCCCUCUUCAUGGGUGGCAGCUUCUAUGCCCUGCAGAGGAAGAAUGGGCCAGGCAGGCAGGCCAAGGCUGGAGGAGCCAUCGCAGAGGCUACCUCGGAGUGCAGUCUCACCCUGGAAGGCAAAGACAGUUCCAAGAAGCAGCAGUACCCUGAGAUCAUGUAUGUGACCAGCGUCUGAGUCCCAAGGGACACGUGUGAUGAGCCUCUGAGACCUGAGGCCAGUGAGUGCCAAUGCCUCAGCCCAGGAUUGGCACCUCCGGCUGCGUCACCAGGGGCUGGAGAGAAGGGCAGCCCAGGAAGCCUGGGUCAGAAAUUGCCCGGACUCUGCAAGCUGGGCCUCAGCCAGGAGCUGGGACCUUGGAGGCUGGCUUCUGACCACUUAGUGUCCUUGCGACCAGCAGCAUCCAGGAGCAGGCCCUCCUGUUUCUGGAGCCCUGGAACUUGGGGCCUGGAAGGCGGGACUGGCACAGCCUGCUCGGCUCAACGACUUCCCUCUGCUGUCCUCCAACUCCACACACCAGGCCUCAAGCCCCACCAGAUGUCUUCGACGUCUUCUCUUUGCCCUCUAGAAGGCUCUGAAGAGCUCACCCUCCCUCCAGGUCCCUGCUGCUCCCUCUUCCCAACCCUGACCCUUGGGGUGGCCAAGGCCAGGGUGUGACCACUCCCCUACAGGUUGUUGGACCUCAUGCUGACCGUGGCCGUCAAUCAUCCGGAUGCAGGCCUGGGAGGUUGAAGGUCCCAGCACUUGUGCUGAGAGCAGGAGAGGAACUCCCGGCUUGGGUCCUUGAAUCAGUGCAGUCUGAGGGGACCCCCGCAAUCUCCACAGGGCCUGCUCUAGCUCUUCCUCCCUCCUGUGCCCACCUGUGUCCUUGAAGGGGAAGAUUAGUGCUGGGGUCUGGGGAAGGCUGGGGAGAGGAAGGCAUGCAAUGGUGGCUAGAGGACCACUGUGACGAUGGGGCUGCUGUCUGUUCCCCUCCCCUGUCCUCCUGGGUCCCCUCUUCUCCCUGCUGCUAGAGGUGUCGACCCUGGGUAAGUAGCUGGCUGGGCCAGCUGCAGUCCACUCUGCUCCCUGGUGGUCUGAGUCCAUGGCCUGCAGGUCAGAACCAAUCCCACAGUGCGGGCGUCCUUCCCUGAGGUCAUCAUCCAGGGGCUGGCUGUCAUCAGCCCAGGCUUGCCCCAGCAGGAUACCGAAGGAAUGGGAACUGGGAACGCAGUCUGUUUGGAUUACACACAAGAAACAUUGCCUCCAGCAGGUCAUAAACUCCGUGAACCAAUAAAGCUAGAAAACAGGCUUGGA